GCUGUAAACAAAAGUAGGCGCGUUCUAGAGAAGGGGAGGGACUGUUGCUAUUCGCUAAGGCAGAAAUGGGCGCGUGACAGGAUCGCGGGGCACACAAGGAAAUCAGAAAAGAUAGGGGUGGUUGGUUUGGGUAUUGUGGUCGUGCAUAUUAUUGAUUUGGAGUUUUAUUUGGUCUCUUCUUUCUCUACAGUGUCAUAUAGGUUUCUGAUUUGAAACAGUCAAGAAAACUGAAGGACCAGAAUAUACGAUGGGAAACUGUCAUACUGUGGGACCAAAUGAAGCCCUAGUCGUUUCUGGUGGCUGCUGUGGCUCUGAUGCUAAACAGUACAUCUUUGGAGGAUGGGCUUGGGCAUGGUGGUGUAUUUCUGAUACUCAAAGACUGUCUUUGGAAGUUAUGACCAUCCUCUGUCGCUGUGAGAAUAUUGAGACUUCGGAGGGGGUCCCCCUAGAUGUUACAGGGGUUGCACAGGUGAAAAUCAUGACAGAGAAGGAGCUUCUUGCUGUGGCUUGUGAGCAAUUCUUAGGAAAACAUGUUCAAGAUGUCAAAAAUGUUGUGCUGCAGACCUUGGAGGGUCAUCUGCGCUCCAUCUUAGGUACUCUGACAGUUGAACAGAUUUAUCAGGACAGAGAUCAGUUCGCAAAGCUUGUACGAGAGGUUGCAGCUCCUGAUGUGGGACGAAUGGGGAUUGAGAUCCUCAGUUUUACCAUCAAGGAUGUAUAUGAUAGAGUGGAGUACUUGAGUUCCUUAGGAAAGACUCAGACAGCAGUUGUACGGAGAGAUGCUGACAUUGGUGUGGCUGAAGCAGAGAGAGAUGCUGGAAUACGGGAAGCAGAAUGUAAAAAGGAAAUGUUGGAUGUUAAGUUUGUAGCUGAUACAAAGAUAGCAAACUCCAAGCGAGAAUUUGAAAUGCAAAAGGCAUCCUUCACCCAGGAAGUAAAUACUAAGAAAGCAGAAGCUCAGCUGGCUUAUGAACUACAAGCUGCCAAAGAACAACAGAACAUCCGUCAGGAAGAGAUUCAAAUAGAUGUUGUGCAGCGUAGAAAGCAGAUUGAUAUAGAGGAGAAAGAAGUGCUGCGAAUGGAUAAGGAAUUGAUAGCUACAGUCAGAAGACCUGCAGAAGCAGAGGCAUACCGAAUUGAGGAGGUAGCAGAGGGAAACAAGGUAAAACAAGUACUUCUAGCCCAAGCAGAAGCAGAAAAGAUCCGAAGAAUUGGGGAGGCAGAAGCUUCUUCUAUUGAGGCAGUUGGAAAAGCUGAAGCACAGAGGAUGAAACUAAAGGCUGAAGCUUACCAGCAGUACGGAGAAGCUGCCAAGAUGGCACUCGUCUUGGAGGCAUUACCACAGAUUGCUGCAAAGAUUUCUGCUCCACUAGCAAAAACUGAAGAAAUUGUUCUUCUUAGUGGUGACAGUAAUCGUGUAACAUCAGAAGUGAAUCGUCUGUUGGCAGAAGUCCCUGCCUCUGUUCAUGCUCUCACUGGUGUUGAUCUAUCAAAGAUUCCGUUGAUCCAGAAAAUGACCUCAACCCAGGCAUGAGAAUGAAAUAUCCAAAUCUACAAACCACUCUGUUAUGCACUCUUUUUAUCAACUGCCUUCAAACGUUUGACUUUUUUUUCCUACAAACAAAAAGGUGGAUUUGUUUUAAACCUCUGGUGCCUUCCCUUUUUAGGACCAGAAUACUCUGCAUGCACACUAUUUGUGUGUUUUUUUAAGUAAGGAAGAUGUGUCAAAUAUAGUUUACUUUUUACUUGACCAUUUAAAAGAAAUGGAGUGCUUUCUUGUAAAUUUUAAUGCCUAUCUGUAAUUUCAUAUUAUAAAAAAAUGCAGCUGCUGUUAAUGUGUAUGGUUUGAUUGGUCAUCUACUUUGCAGUCUCCUUCAUUUCAUGUCUGAGUGAUUUCCUCACUCAGACCCUGGGGAGAGUAAAAAAAAGAAGGAAGUCUUCUUCUGAGUUUACCACUAGAUCCCACUGUAGGCAUUGGUAGACCUGACAGAGGAGUGCCAAGAGUACUCUGGUCAAAGUGAGGAAAGUUUAGGAAUUAAAGUAGGAUACAAAUGCAAAUACAGAAGUGGACCAGGAUACAGGUGCUGUUUUAUUGUUCCAUGAAAUGCUAUGUAAUGUGGCUUCACUUUUUUUAUAUAGGAGCAGUCUUUAUCCAAGUGGCAUCAGCAUACAGCAGCAUGUGCUGACUCUGCAUUGCGUUACAGGCAUCUUUGUUUUCAUUCGGUUGAAACUUACAAAUUAUAAAGGCAUAAAAGGUAUUUGAUAGCAGUUGUUGUAAUCAGGAUGUUGGCAGUGCUUACUACUGUAAAACGUUACGGUAUCAUUGUACUGAUAUAUAAGCUUGUGCUGAUGAGGAGAUCUGGCAAAUUACUCCUUUUAUGUAGUACUGCACUCCACUCUGCACACAUUUAUCUCGGUCAUGUCAUGACAUACUACUAUUCUGAAGAGAGAGCAGAACGUUUUGGACCUGUCUCUGGCGUAGAUGCCCAGUUGUACUUUGGAAAAUGAAGUAUAGCCAGUGCUGAGUGAGACAGGUCAGGUUCUCAACAUGGUUGUAGGUUUCUACAGUGAACACAGCUCAGGGAGGUUUUUAUUCUCAAUUCCAGAUUCUGAAGGUGAGAGGGGUGUCAUUUCAGAGUCCUUCAGGCCCCAGCAGCCUUUUUUUUAACAAACUUGUAUGUUUAUGAGCCUUCUAAUCACAGUAUGUGGUUGGUGAUGUGAAAAUAGUAUCUGUGCAUAGAACUACAAGACUGUACUAUUCUUUUCUCAAGCAACUCCUUAAACUGUGACAUUACUGGCCUUUUCUGUAAAUGAAGCAGUGGCAUUAGGGGAGAGAGAGAGAGAGUGCUUGCGUGCCUGUUGUAUAUGCGUGGAGGGAUGUCUAUAUUCCUUCAGCUUCUGAAAGGUUUUGAAUCAAAGUACUACACUGGGGUCAUUAAUCAGAAAAUCAUAGCAGUAUUUAGAUUCUUAGGUGCCAGAAUAGGUUGUUUUUCUGUAGUCCUCUUUUAUGCAUGUUUUGGGGGCUGGCAUCCAAUGUAAUGUUGAGGAAAACCAAAACAGGAUGUAUAGAUUUUUGCUGCCCUAUGAACAAUUAGUAAGAAUUGUACAACCUUUACAGUGCUUUAGAGUUUGUCAGUGGAGUAGCUUCUUUGAAGUGGCCAGAUGUGAAUGUUGUAGACAGCAGCAUUCAAGUGGCUUUCUUUGGUAUCCAAACUGUUGCAGACAGUGAAGUCUUGCACUAAAGCAGACAAGUUAAUACUGGAGACUGGUUAACAUCAGCUGUUAUUAAAUGGUGAACUGAACCAAGAUCAUAAAUGUAUUCCCUUUUUCACCCCUCCAGUUAUAAUCCACCUUCAAAAACUGUAAGUAGUUAAAUUUGUUUGUUAAAACAAUCAGUAAACCAAGCCAUACUGCUGCAGAACUUAUAAGGCCUUAAAUAUUUUAAUGUAAACAUAUCAUUUACAUAUUUAGCCUUCUUUUACUCGUGUUCUGUUUAGAAGUGUUCCAAGGUUAUACUGGAAACGGCAUAUUAAAAGUAGUAAUUUUUAAGUGAAACAUGUAUGUGUAAUAUUUGUAUUUCAUUUUUAGAGAAAAAAUGAUUUUUGUAUGCAUGUGCUUUGGUAAGAAACAUUGACUUAUGUUUUGUUUUUAACUUUGUGGUUUCCUUUACAUUGAAAGACUGCCACAGACACAUGCCAAGGCUGCAUCAGUGAGCAUGAGCCUGUGAUCAGUUUGGUGCUACCGACACACAAACUCAAAAUAAAAAUGUUUCAGUCUGCACGCA